GUUAAUAAGACAGAAGUAGAUCUUCUUAAAAAAAUAAUAGUAGAAGAGAAACAGGCUCUAGAAAAAGUUAAUAAUAUUACUAACAUGCUUGAAGAAGCAAUAUUAGCUAUACUAGUUGAUAAAUUAAAAUUAACAGAAAGUAUCUCUAAAGUAAAAGUAAUAAAGACCAAAGAUAAGGAAGAAGAAAACUCUAGUAAAAAAUACAAAUCUAUAAAGACAACAAAAUAG